UGAGACACCAUGAUGAGGAAGGUUCCUCCCUGUGUACACAGAAGAAAAACCGAGGAAGUGUCCAGGUUGGUUAAUUUAAAGUGACAGUUUCAUUCAUAAAAAAACAACAACAAAAACAAUGCGCGUAUGCCUGUACCGAUGGGGGAUUUGAGUCUGUCACAAGGAUAGUGUGCUUUAAAGAUUGUCAGGAGAGGAUGCUGCUCUUUGCCGGCACAAGCAACAAUGGGAUGCAGAGAGCCCCAGUGACCCAAGACCAGGCCAGUUGCUGGGUACUCAGAAGAAGAGAAAAAACAUGUGCAUCGUCUGCACCGCUGACUUUGAAAGAUAGCAGAGGAAAAAAAGUAACACACUGAAGCUCAGUCGAUACAUUUCAGGAACUCAACAGCCAAAAUAUUAGUAAUAACUUUGUUGCAAAAAGAUGAACUUCCUGUCAACCUUUGUGACAUUUGAGAACCUCCAUGAGGUUCGGAGAUUGUGCCACUGGGGUCCCAUCAUAGCCUUGUCUGUCAUUGCUAUAUGCUCCACCAUGGCUGUUCUGGACUCCAUUAUCUGGUACUGGCCGCUAGACACUACAGGAGGCAGCAUUAACUUCAUCAUGCUCCUCAACUGGACUGUCCUCAUCCUCUACAACUACUUCAACGCUAUGUUUGUUGGACCUGGAUACAUCCCUCUUGGCUGGAAACCAGAGAAUCAACAGGAAACCCAGUAUCUACAGUACUGCAGAGUGUGUCAAGGGUACAAGGCCCCCAGAUCCCACCAUUGUCGCAAGUGUAACAGGUGCGUGAUGAAGAUGGACCACCACUGCCCCUGGAUCAACAACUGCUGCGGCCACCUGAACCACGCCUACUUCACCAGUUUCCUGCUGCUGGCUCCGCUGGGCUGCUCACACGCUGCCAUCAUCUUCAUUAUGACCAUGUACACGCAGCUAUAUGAGAGAAUAUCAUUCGGCUGGAGCACCGUGAAAAUUGACAUGAGUGCUGUGCGUCAGUUCCAGCCUCUCAUGCCCUUCAGUGUACCCGCCUUUGCUGCCACACUCUUUGCCUUAGGCUUAGCACUGGGCACUACUAUUGCUGUUGGCAUGCUUUUCUUCAUACAGAUGAAAGUCAUCCUUCGAAAUAAGACCUCGAUCGAGUCCUGGAUCGAGGAAAAGGCCAAAGACAGAAUACAGCACUACCAAACAGGGGAGGACUUCAUCUUCCCCUACGACCUCGGCAGCCGCUGGCUGAACUUCAAGCAAGUCUUCACGUGGUCAGGGACGCCCAAGGGUGAUGGCCUUGAAUGGAUAGUCCAUCCCAAGUGUCACCAGCACACCUUAACUAUUGAGCAACUGAAGCAGAAAGCUGAUAAACGAGUGAGAAGUCAGGUCCAGUACCGCGCAGUGGAGGACUAUAAUGGAGCUUGCUGUCCGGUGAGCAAAGGUCUCCAAACCUUUUUCAGAACCCCCUGCACAGAGGAACCCAGGAUCCCACUCAGAAAGGGGGACACCAUCCUGGCCACUCGUGGUACCAAAUGGUGGAUGUAUGGAGACAAAGCUUUGAGCGAGGAGCAAAUAAGAGCGGGGGAGCGUGUGAGGGGAUGGUUUCCAAGGCGAUGUGUGGAGAAGUGCCAUUAUGACACAGCUGCCAGUGAUAGCACCAGCGAUAAGAAAGUAAAUUAAUAUAUAUUUGAGCAGGCUUUAUGUAGAGCAGGGGAGUUAAACUGAACAAGAGGUGCGUGUCCGUGUUCAUCGAUCUACAUCCACAGAAGAUGUCAUGCCUGAUGCUUCAGGCCCACCAUCAAGAAUUUCAUACUUUGAUUCAAAUUUCUCACAUAUUUCAAACCCAACUUGAAUUUUUUAAAAGGUAACACAGUUCUAUAAGUCUUACUGAGCGCCUUGCUGUCAAAUAAAGUCUUGAAGAGGAGUACAUUGUUGGACAGUUGAGAUGGACUGGUCCCUUGGGUUCAGUUUGACUCCUCUGACCAGAAUUUGAAACCCAGCAAGAGUCUUAAUUUCCAAGAAUUGCCACCAGGCUUUAAUGUGACUGCAUUGUGAUUACAUGACUUUUUACUUGAAUCUGUUGUUUUUACUUGUGUUGAUGUCCGUUUUUGCUAAUUAUGCAAUGCCUCUGUCCAGCUAACCCCCGGGGGCUUCAUCAUGCAACUCUUUCUACAGUAUGGAGAUAACACUUAAUUUCUUUUUAUUAUUUUUGUAAAAACUAAUUGUUGGCCUCAAAGUAUAAAUUGAAAAUUAAAAAUCUUCCGCAAGA